AUGUCUCAAUCAGGAGCGACCGUCUCGCAGGACUGCAUAACUGCAUUCAACGACCUGAAGCUUGCCAAGAAGUACAAGUACAUCGUCUAUAAGCUGUCCGACGACAACCGACAGAUCGAGGUUGAGAAGGCCUCCGACGACAAGGACUGGGAAAACUUCCGCGAGCAGCUCGUCAACGCCCAGACCAAGAGCAAGAGUGGUCAAAUCGGCAAGGGCCCCCGAUACGCCAUCUACGACUUCGAGUACAGCCUCGCUAGCGGAGAGGGUUCCCGUAACAAGAUCUGCUUCAUUGCCUGGUCCCCGGAUGAUGCCGGUGUUAUGGCCAAGAUGGUGUACGCCUCGUCCAAGGAGGCGCUCAAGCGCUCGCUCAACGGUAUCGCCACCGAACUACAGGCCAACGACCAGGACGACAUCGAAUACGACACAGUGCUGAAGGUGGUCAGCAAGGGUCUGGCUGGCUGA